CAACAAGUGGGGACGAGGCGGGGGACGAGGCGCAGAUGACGGUGACAGUGAUUGAGAAGGAAUGCACAGGUCGGAUGGAUGGAAGAGGCGCGUCGUUUGGGCAAUGUGUGCGCGUGCGAAUGGGCCGGAAGGAGAGAGGGAAGAUGCGGGUCGGAUGUUGGUAAAUGUACGACGUCCAAAAAUUGGGAGACCAGAUGGGUUGAAGGACCAGAUGGUUUGGAUAUAAACACGGCCUUGACACGUCGACUACUGGGCCAAUGGAGCCCAAUGAUGCAGCUGAGGAGGCUCGCGCAAGAGCCUCGGCGGUAACCAGGAUAUCCUCGCUUUGGGGAGUGGGACGAGGAAGGAUGGCAAAUGCAAU